AUGUCGUUAGAUACGCGAUUGGAAGCUGCAACUUCUGAAUAUCAAAGGCUUCAAAAAGAACUUUCAGACGCUAUUGAAGCUAGACAACGUCUGGAUUCUCAAUUACAAGAAAAUGAAGUUGUUCAAAAGGAAUUUAAAUUGCUAAAAGAUGAUGCGAAUAUUUUUAAGUUAAUUGGACCUGUAUUAGUAAAACAGGAUAAAAGUGAAGCUACAACAAAUGUAAAUAAACGAUUAGAUUACAUUAGAUCAGAAAUGUGA